UAUGGAAAUAAUUAUAAAAUUAAAAUCAGUGCAGUGUUUUUAAGUAGUAAGCGUGAAGGUACGCCUUAGGAUCGAUUAGCAACGUAUUAACGGCAAUAAACAAACUCGCGUGGUGCUACAAUGAGUGUGUUGGCAUAUCCACGUACAAAUGAUGAGGAGAUUUUUCGCCAGUGUACAAAGGAUUGUGGUGUUGUGACAGCCACUGAGGAUUUUCAGUAUUUUGCACUGCGUUGCAUUUUCUGCAGUGAAAAGUUCCUCUAUUUCGAUGCGUUCAUCGGGCACAUGCAGACCGUGCAUCUGGAGGAUGCACACCGUAGCAUGGAAGGUGAUGGCUCAGGCAAUAAUGUAGACUACAACCUAGGCCUAGGCUUGGGUCAGCCCAUGUCCCUAGCUAUGGAUGACGGCGAAGAUGCUGCGCAUCAAGAAUAUGACAAUGAAGGCAUUCAUAGCUUUAAUGAUAUAGAAGACUUAACAGACGCAGACACUGCCCUGUUGGUGCCCCAAAUGGUUAUCAAACAGGAGCUGCAAGAGUUAGAAAGCAGCAGCGAUAACGAUGCAGGGGAUGAUGAUGAUAAUAUUCCAGCGCCACGAAAGGACAAACAUUUGCACAAAGACGACGACGACGAUGAUGAUGAUGAUAAUGAUGAAAUUAUAUUACCCGAAAGGCAACUGCCCACACCAAGCAAAAGAGGACGCAAAAAAAUUAUGAUGCGAGCACCGAUACGGAUUACCAGGCGAAGAGGUAUGCCAGUAUCGCAGGUGAAUGUUAAAAAUGAGCCACUCAUAGCCGAUGGCGACUCCUCCAUGGAUGAAUAUGCGGACGGCUAUGCGGAAAAUGAUGAUAACUCUGGCGAGUAUGCAGACUACCACAGCAGUUCUUUUAAUGCGCAAGCACACAGUAGCGUCGUUGGCGAAACUGACUUUCUUAGCUAUGACGAAAUGGUCGAAGAAUCCCUGAUUGGCCGAGAUCGUGAGCUUACAAUGCACAUCAAGGAUCGCAAGAUGAUACAAUUCCUGAUACAUUCGUACAAACGCAAUCCAUUUCUGUGGGAUCACAGUCAUGCUCAGUUUAGAGAUCGCGUCAAACGUGCGCGCUUUCUCGAUUGGAUUGUGCUGGAGUUUAAGAAUCGCUUUAACAUCUCACUUGCCAAGGAUGCCAUCACACGUAAAUGGGACAAUCUGCGCACUGUCUACAAACGUGAAUGCAAUCGCAUGGCCUUGGAGAAGACAAACAUUAGCACACUCUGGUACUUUAAGGAACUGCAUUUUCUGAACGAGCUCUAUAGCUACAAUUCGAAAAUGUCAGAUGCCGUCGUUAAGGAGACAUCAUAUAGACGUCGGUUUUCGGCCAUUUGGAAUGAUACCUCUACUGCCAAACUUCUGGAAAUGGUUAAGCGUUACCAGUGCUUCUACAAUCGCUAUGAUCCGGACUACCGCAGUAAGGAACGUCGCGGCGAGGGACUCCAACAAAUGGCCAUGGAGCUGCAGCAGCUAAUCGAUGUGACCACCAUACAAAUAUCUAAGCGUAUCUCACAGCUGCGCUUUGACUACUCGAAACAGAAAAUGGAACGCUUGAAUGCAGAACGCAUGGGACGCAAGUUUAUACCGAACUAUAUCUACUACGAUCAAAUGAAUUUUAUGGACGAUGACAUACCACCAUUUAGAUGCCAGGAUUGCGCUGAAAUAGUACAAACGCUACGCGAACUAGAUCUGCAUAUGUUGAGCCAUCAGCCCAGUAUGGGUGGCAACUAUUAUUGCAAUGUAUGCAGCAUACAGUUCCACACUGCCGAGGAGUUUGAGAAUCACAAGCAGCUGCAUUUGGGCGCCGGCAAUGAGGUUAAAUACAACUGUGAAUUGUGCACGGCAAGUUUUCGCGAAAAGUCCAACUAUGAUGAGCAUUUGCGUCGCCACAAUGAUGAACUCUUUCUGCCCACGCUGGCGCUCAAUCACAGCAUCUUGGAUAGCACCGCCGGUGAUGGAGAGGCGGUCAGUGGAACUGACGCCCUAAGUAGCGGCUGUGCUGCAGGCGUUGGCGAUGAUGAUGAGUCCUUUACGCCGGAUGGCCCAAAGGAAUAUUUCUGUGAAGUUUGUCAUCGUAGCUUUGCCUCAUCGGGUCACCUCAAUGCGCAUCGCAUUGUGCAUCAGGAUGAGCGCGAGCGCUGCUAUCGUUGCGACUAUCCGCAAUGCAGCAAAUCUUUUGUCUCACGCCACAGUCUAUUUGACCAUCUGAAGCAGCAUUACAGCAAUGAAGAAUUUAAAUGCGACAUUUGUGGCAAGAGCUUCAAGUCGACCAAGAAUUUGCAGAACCAUAAGCAAAUUCAUGAUAAGGUCAAGCGCUACGUCUGCCAGAUAUGCGGCUCGGCAUUUGCCCAGGCCGCUGGCCUCUACCUGCACAAGCGUCGUCAUAAUCGUCCCAAUGGCACCAUUGCCCCUGUCGGCGGCCGUUCCUCACGCACCUCACUGUGAGCCAUGAUUGCCAGCUCGCGAUCACGAUCGCGUCGCUGACCCAACACACACAGUUUUAUUUAUUAACUUUGAAAUUUAUGUCCUCGAUUGCUAACACAUGGCAGCUAUUUCGAUCAAGGUUUCUUUUAUAGUUUUAGA